AUGGGCAGUAACUCGUCUCCGCCCUCCACCCUGCAGUUCUGCUAUGAGAACGUGACCGGGUCUUGUGUGAAAACCCCCUACUCUCCUGGGUCGAGGGUCAUCCUCUAUGCAGUCUUCGGCAUUGGGGCUGUGCUGGCAGUGUGUGGAAACCUCCUGGUGAUGGUAUCCAUCCUCCAUUUCAAGCAGCUGCACUCUCCCACCAAUUUCCUCAUUGCAUCCUUGGCCUGUGCCGACUUCGGCGUGGGCAUCUCUGUGAUGCCCUUCAGCAUGGUCAGGUCCAUCGAGAGCUGCUGGUACUUCGGGAGAAGCUUCUGCACUUUCCACACCUGCUGUGACGUGGCGUUUUGUUACUCUUCUCUCUUCCACCUGAGCUUCAUCUCCAUCGACAGGUACAUCGCUGUCACGGACCCUCUGGUCUAUCCCACCAAGUUCACGGUGUCUGUGUCGGGAAUUUGCAUCAGCAUCUCCUGGAUUCUGCCCCUGGUGUACAGCGGCGCUGUGUUCUACACAGGGGUUUAUGAUGACGGCCUGGAGGAAUUAUCCAGUGCCCUCAACUGCAUAGGGGGAUGUCAGGUAGUUGUGAAUCAGAACUGGGUGCUGAUAGAUUUUCUUUCCUUCUUAAUACCUACACUGAUUAUGAUCAUUCUGUAUGGUAAUAUUUUUCUGGUAGCUAGACAACAGGCUAAAAAGAUAGAAAAUAUUGGGAGCAAAACGGAAUCCUCUUCUGAGAGUUACAAAGCCAGAGUGGCAAGAAGAGAAAGAAAGGCAGCCAAAACCCUGGGAAUCACUGUGGUAGCAUUCAUGAUAUCAUGGUUGCCCUACAGCAUUGACUCAUUAGUUGAUGCUUUUAUGGGCUUCAUCACCCCUGCCUACAUUUAUGAAAUCUGUGUUUGGUGUGCUUAUUACAACUCAGCCGUGAACCCUCUGAUCUACGCUUUAUUUUAUCCGUGGUUUAAGAAAGCUAUUAAGGUUAUUAUGAGUGGUCAGGUGUUCAAGAACAGCUCAGCCACUAUGAACUUGUUCUCUGAGCAAAUAUAA